AUGAAAUCCUCUGAAGAAAGGACAACUGGAAAUAAAACUUCUGUGGUCGUGUUUGUUAUCCUGGGUUUUUCUCAUCGCCCAGAUAUGAAAGUCAGCCUCUUCAUCCUAUUUCUGUGUAUUUACAUCAUCACAGUGCUGGGAAACCUAAUUAUUCUUCUUGUAAUUAACAUGGACCCUGUCCUCCACACCCCCAUGUACUUCUUCCUCAGGAACUUGUCAUUUCUGGAGAUCUGCUACACCUCUGUCACCCUGCCCAGAGUGCUGGUCAAUCUUCUCUCAAGUGAUACGUCCAUCUCUUUUGCAGGUUGUGCUGUGCAGAUGUAUUUCUUUCUGUUCUUCGGGGCGACUGAGUGCUGCCUCUUAGCUGCUAUGGCAUAUGACCGCUACCGAGCCAUAUGCAACCCUUUGCAUUACAUGGAUAUCAUGAAUAAGAAGGUAUGCAUGCAGCUGGCUGCUUCCUCAUGGAUAUGUGGCAACCUUGUGGCCCUUGGGCACACUACAUUUAUCUUCUCUUUGCCCUUCUGUGGCUCCAACGUGAUCAACCAUUUCUUCUGUGAGAUCCAGCCAGUGCUGAUGCUAGUGUGUGGGGACACUUACUGGAAUGAGCUACAGAUCAUUCUGGCUGCUGCCUUUGUCAUCCUGAUGCCUUUUCUGCUCAUUUUGGUGUCCUACGGCCUCAUCAUUUCUUCCAUCCUCAAGAUCAGGUCUACCAAAGGAAGGUAUAAAGCAUUCUCCACUUGCUUCUCACAUCUCACUGUAGUGACAUUAUUCUAUGGGACAGCUGUAUUCAUCUAUAUACGUCCCAAAUCCAGUUAUUCCCUGGAUGUGGACAAAGUGCUCUCUCUGUUCUAUUCUGUGGUGACCCCUAUAUUGAACCCUGUUAUCUACAGCCUUAGGAAUAGGGAGGUGAAAGGGGCUCUCUUUAAAAUGAGAAUGAAGCUAUUUCACCCCAACUCCUAG